CGUCUGCCUUCCGCUUCUGGGCUGGAUUGACACACAAUGAGGAGCAGAGGCUGGGGAGACGCUCCAAAAACGCCGCUGUAAAUAAAUACAACAAUCACUGAGGCCAGAGAAACAUGGAGAACCAGUGCACAGUGCAGGUGAAGCUGGAGCUGGGCCACAGAGCCCAGCUGAGGAAGAAAGUGACAUCGGAAGGCUUCACCCACGACUGGAUGGUGUUCGUCCGAGGGCCGGAGACCGGCGACAUCCAGCACUUUGUAGACAAGGUCGUCUUCCGCCUGCACGAGAGCUUCCCCAAACCCAAGAGAGUAUGCAAGGAGCCUCCGUACAAAGUGGAGGAGUCGGGCUACGCCGGGUUCCUUAUGCCUAUUGAGGUUUACUUUAAGAACAAGGAGGAGCCAAAAAAAGUGUGCUUCAAUUACGACCUAUUCCUCAACUUGGAGGGCAACCCACCCGUCAACCACCUGCGCUGUGAGAAGCUUACCUUCAACAACCCCACCAAAGAAUUCAGGAGAAAGCUGAUCAAAGCCGGGGGGGUAUUGGUGGUUCCGGAGGGGGCUGAAGCCGUGUCGAGGCCCAGUCCAGACUACCCCAUGCUCCCCACCAUUCCCCUCUCUGCCUUCUCCGACCCCAAGAAGACAAAGACCUCUCACGUGUCGAAGGAACCCAGCAAAGAGGGGAGUGGUGGCAGCAGCAAAGGACCCAAACCGCACAAACUGACCAAGGAGCACCGCGAACGGCCCCGAAAAGACUCUGAGAGCAAAGCCACCUCGAAGGGAGACAACGACCGAGACGGAAGCAGCAAGAGUGGCCGCGAUCCUCCCUCUUCCUCAUCCUCGUCAUCCUCCAAAAAGCCGUCAGAGAUCAAAGUGAAAGAAGAGGUGAAGGUCCUGCCGAAGGCCGCCUUCAAGGAGCCUAAACUCACCCUGAAGGAGUCGAAGAUAGAAGGUACGUCCCCAAAAGGAGGGGGUGCUGGGAGUGGAGGGGGCGGCGGAGGAGGUCCUGCAGAAUCCAAAGUCCCGGGGAAACGACCCUCCACUGUUGAGUCUCCCAAACCGAGCGCUAAGAAGCAGAAGAAGGGCAGCUCCGAGGGGCCAAAGGGGUCGAGCGGGGGGGUCUUUACGGGAACUUCUCCUCGCGUCUCGUCCACGUCUGCGGCCGGCCAACCGUACGCAGAGAAGAAACCGCCCAAGGAAAAGGGUCGCUGGGCCAAAGGCAAAAAUGACACGCAAGAGCCGAAGGAGCCCAAGAAGCUCCCCGAGUCGGAAGAAUCGAAUUCAGAGGACGAAGCAUCGUCCAAGUCAGAGCAGUCAGCCCCUUCAAGUCCUUCCAACUCCAGUUCCAGCUCGGACUCCAGUUCAGAUUCAGACUUUGAGCCGGGUCAGAAACAAGGACAAGGCCCCCUUCGAUCCAUGGUGGAGGAGAUCCAGUCAGAAGAGUCCGAUGACGACGACAGCAGCUCGGAGGAGGGGACGCCCAUCAAGACCAACCCCCCCAACCGCGACUCUCGACUAAGCCUGGACAGCGAGAGCGACAGCAGUGACGGCUCGCACAGUCUCAGUCGAGACCCCGCCCCCCCGCCGCAGAAACACAGCUCCUCCAAUAACAAAGUUUCAGGCAGGAAGAGUCCAGAUUCCUCGUUUCGCUCUGAGAAGGUGUUGAAGAAGGGAUACGACAAGGUAGGAAGGGCCUACACAGAAGAACUGGUGGACCUUCAUCGCAGACUGAUGGCUUUAAGAGAACGUAAUGUCCUACAGCAGAUUGUGAACCUAAUUGAGGAGACGGGCCACUUCAACGUGACCAACACCACCUUUGACUUUGACCUCUUUUCACUGGACGAGUCCACUGUCCGCAAACUACAGAGCUACUUGGAGGCGACGGCCACGUGACAGGAAGUGGACACCGGCGCGGGGAACCCGGCCUGUGGAUUGCGUCGGCGGAGGUAGACUCGCCAACAUGCCCCUCCCCAACCCCCACCCACUCCCCUUUUUAAGUUGGGGAAGAGAAGCCACAUCAUGUCACAGCUGUUUCACAGGCCCGACUGAACCAUUGAACAGACAAAUGGAAUCACACCAACAAACACAAGCACACACGAGGACGCACCACCUUCAAGUGACACUGGGGGGGAAGCUGAAGGAGGUGGUCAAGGGGGGGGGGAGGACUGGCAGGGCUAUCUACAGAGGACUUUCACUACAUGUGUUUUUUUUUGUUUUUUUUUAGUCUGCAGAGCUGUGGUAUGCACCUCACACCCCCUCCUUCACCCUCCUGCACUCCUUCUUUUGCAAACCCAAGACUCCCACUCCUCCUCUCCCUCCCCCUUCACACGAACACUCCUUACUCGGCAGAACAGUCCCCUUCCCCCUGUUGUCAGCUGGAGCUCAUUUCUCUCUAGGCAUACUCUUUUAUUUGUGUGUGCGUGUGAAAGACUUGGUUUUGGAUGAGGUUUCUCUGUUGUCUGAACAUGGAGUUUCCC